UAUAUAUAUAAAAAAAUAUACACACACACACACAAGUGCUUUAUUUGGCAGUUCCUUUUCUAAUAUGUGAAUGUGUGUAUGUUUACGGUCUGAGGAUGUUUUUUGCAAUCAAGCUUUCAUUUGUACUGUAUUAUAAAAUUAAAACAAAAAACACUUUGGCAUUCUGCAUGAUUUCUAAGCAUGUUCCUUGUACGAUGGAAGUAACGGAAUGGGAUACAAAUUUUAUAUAAAAAGAAAAAAAUAGCAAAAGUUAUAUUACUUUCCUCAAGAGAAAUUCACUCAUUUUUUUGUGGCUAUAAUGAAAUGUAAUUUCUAGACUUCACAAUUUUUUAAAACAUUUUCUCUUGUCUAAAUGUUUAAUGGCUGUCUCUUAGACUGUGUCUAUUAAAUGUAUGUUGGCAUGUGACAGUCAAACAUGCUCCUUCCCACGCAGUGUGUGACGUGGAGGCACGUCAUAGAUGCGUCUUCUCACCCUAUCGGCCCACGCCAGCCUCACAUUCCACUGAUAACAGAGUGCUGGCACACGUGCGUGUGUUUGUCUCUUUUAAUACAGCCUGAGUGACUCACUACAAAUCCUAUAAAAUAACAUUUUAUGUUUACUAAAGGCAUCUGAGGUGUUGUUUUCUGUAAAUAAAAAGUUAAUACUUUUUGAAGUCAAAUUCAGGUACUCAAUCUAAGAAAAAUAAACAUGUCUGAUACACACAGGAGGUUUAUACAGACAGCCAGUUAGUAUGACGCAUUGAACGAGGCAUGUACACUGGCUUUUAUCAGAAUGUAAAUGUGGGAGGAGUAAGUGUCAUGAAUGACUGAACUGAUUGAGGACGAGAUAGAGGGGGGCUCAGAUAUGAGCUGGAUGCUGAUGGAGGAGGAGUUCUGAUGAAAGGCCUUUGAAAACAAAUGAAAAGAACAAGAUGACCCAAAACUCAUCGGCUCAGCAGGAAUGUCUUCAGCUCCCCCAAGAACAGGUUCAGUCUCAGGAAUCACAGUCAUUGGUCAAGAACCAGUGGUUUGGGCUCCUGUUUUUUCAGUUUUGUCUUGCCUCCUGUAUCAUUGGUACAGUCAUGGGGUUGGGGUACUACUUCCUGCAAGAAGACACUCGAACCACUCAAGACCCUCUUCCCUGUCUCUCUCCAGCAUGCAUGAGAGUAGCAGAACGCUUCUCUGCAGCCAUGGAUCCUUUUUCUCGACCCUGUGAUUACUUUCUGUUUAAUUGUAAAGCAGAAAUGUCACCCAAGAGCAGAAGGAGACACGGAGGCAAGAUCGUCUCCCGUAAUGUCACCAGAACAGACGAGAUGAGAAGGAUAGUGCAGAGAGGGUCCGACACUGAAAGUAAAAGAGAUGACAGAUUACCUGACAGACAGACAGCUUUGCUCCUAGCAAUACAAGAGAUUCUGGAGUUUCCCAAUAGGAAUGUUACCAGUGCAGCACAGAAAGCACAGAUCUUCUAUAACACCUGCAUGAGGCCUAACACUACAUUGAAUGAGAGCAUAUUUCAUGCCCAAACACUAAUUCAGCAGCUGGGUGGCUGGCCUGGUACUGAGCACUGGACUCAGCCUGAGUUGAACUCCAUUCUGGCUCUGCUGAUGUCGCAGUACAACACUUUUCCUUUCUUUAACGUGUAUGUGGGCCCUGACCGCAAUGAGAGGCGGAACUACAUACAGAUUGAUCAACCGGACUUUCAGUUCCCUACUGAGUGGAACAACCAGACAAAGAGAACCAAAUUCAACUCGCAGUCUCUGCGUCCAUUCUUCGCAUCCUGUAGGCAGCUUUUGACUCUGUUGAAUGUUUCCUUCAGUAGCAGUACUCAGCAUUGUGGCUUGUAUAUGUCUCUGAGUUCAACUCUAGUUACAAACACUUCACCUCUUUCCUACCGACUCAACCAGAAACUCCUGUACCAUCGAAUCACCAUCCAGGAAUUACAAAAACUGGCCCCUUCUAUUGAUUGGCUCAGCUGUCUCCAGGCUACCUUUCAUCCUCUUCCUGUCAGCAAGUCAGAUUUUGUGUUAUUGCAUAAUCAACCUUAUAUCAUCUACAUGUCACAGAUAAUUAGCCAAUGGAGGCUUCAACACAAGCAGAUGAACAGUCAUCCUCUCCAAACUUAUAUGAUCAUGAAUCUUCUGCAAACACUUAUGCCUGCUCUGCACACCAAAUUCACACAGACCAUGAAAAACUUCUCUAUUGCAAUUGACAAUGAAAAUGAGGAUGUGCCACGUUGGAGACACUGUGUACUGCAGACGGUGAAAGGUUUUGACACUUUGAUGAGUCAUUUGGUCAAAGACCAUUAUGCUGGUGAAGAGGCUGAAAAGCUGAUCAGUGAUAUAUACUACUCCUUCAAGACCAAAAUAUCCAACAUAAACUGGCAGAAUGAGGACACACGGGAAUUAGUUUUGAAUAAGAUUCAUUCUCACACACCAAGACUCUCCACUAACAAUGACUUCUUCAAUCAGCUGAGACUUGAUGAGCAUUUUGGAGAGGUGAUUAUGAGUGAGAAGAUCUAUUUCUCCAACUACCUGCAGAUGCUUGUUCUUCAGCAGAGGAUAAGGAGCAGACUGCUCUCUCACACUCCACAUCCCAAUGUUUUGUCUCUCCAUCCAUUUUUCUCUGGUAAUGACAUCAUCAUCCCAGUUGGAAUGUUUGUGCCACCACAGUUUCAUUCCUCAUAUCCCAGAGCUAUCAACUAUGGGAUGUUGGGGACCUUACUUGCAAAAGACCUCCUGCAUCUGCUGUUGCCUGAUGUCUUAUCUCAAUCAGAGACUGCUGAGGGGGAGAGUGAAUGUGUGUGGUCACACUAUCUCACAGCACAGAAGGGAACUUCCUCUCUCUCUACAUCCCAGAAGCAGGAGGUGUGGGUGCAGUUCUCAGCCCUUCAGGUGGCUCUACUGUCAUAUAAUAAGAGUUUGCGGAGGCAUUCAGGUGACACCACCGUGUCAGGACUCUCUCACAUUCAGCUGUUUCUUGCCUCAUUCAUGCAGGCAAGCUGUGACUCUGAGCCAUAUAGUGCACUCAUGCCAUUUGAACCCUCCUUCCUGGUGACUGUACUGUGUGCCAACUCUGAGCGCUGUCCCAAACCACUGACCUGUGUGGAUAACAGAUCUCAGGGACAUCUUCCUGAACUGUGCUAGAAGCGUGGGUCUACUGAGGAACAUUAUUCAUAGCUGGGCACUAAAACAAUAAGAUGCUGCUCAGAAAUUUGAUGGAUACAAGGGGCAUCAAUGGAGACCAUGACAGUUACAGCAAACCCAUAAAUGCAUUAGAAUUUUUCACAUUUUGGAUGUAUUCUUCUUAGUAUGUUAGGUUUUACAAUCAGUAUUAGUAUUAGCAUUAUCUAUCAUUAUCCAGGGUUCGAACCCGAGCUCGGGUUACAUAUUUUUUUCCCCUGUUCAUUUUCUCUCUGACUGCGUGGGUUUCCUCAGGGGUCUCUAGUUUCCUCCCACUUCCCAAAACAAUGAUAAAUUGUUUUGAAUUUAGUUUGAAUGCAUGUGUGAAUGUGUGUUUGCACGGUGCCCUGCGAUGAACUGGCAUCCCAUGCAAGAUGUGUCCCCGUCUUGCGUCCAGUGGACAUACGCCGGAUACAUGAACCCAUGGAAAAGAGGCUACUGAUGAUGAAUUAAUUAAUUAUUUAUCCCUGUGUCCAUAUUCUACCGGUUAACGAUUUUGUGUGUGUGUGUGUGUGUGUGAUAACAAACUCUUCAAAUGUAUUAGACAUUAUGAUAUAAUAAGAUAAGGUACUGCUAGUCUAUUUGUGUUUAUAAUUGAAGAAAUGUAUUACG